AUUUUGUCCCUACGAGAAAUGAACUUGUCUCUUUAAAUACACGCCCAUGAUCUCUAUAAGUUUCGAUUUAGCAUUAUUUCUUCACCACCGAGUCCUGUGAGACGAUCACGAUGAGUUCAACAGAAGCAACCGUUCUUGAGGAUGAACUGCGCGAGCUUGAGUGUCACUUCACCUGGGAGCUGCAAAAAGAAGAGCUGGAUCUCACAGAUCUUUUAAACAGACUGGAGCAGCAUGCUGACUUUAAACUAGGUGGGAACGCGGGUCUAGCGCAGACAUACAACUCUUUGGGAUUUGUCAAGUACCUUCUAGGAUCUCCUCAAGACGCACUUGAUUUCCUGCAGAAGGGUGUAGAGCUCAUUAGAGAGCACUGGGAUAAUGACUGUGACAAGUGGCUCAUAGUGCCCUAUGGGAAUCUGGCCUGGCUACAGUAUCACAUGAAAUUAUUUAGUGAAUGUGAGAAUUCCCUGGAGAAGAUCAGAAGCAUUGCACAGAAAUUCCCUGAUUCUCCUUUGGGUCUUCAUCAUGAAGUGCUUGGAGAAAAGGCUUGGGCCUUAUUCAAGUUCUCUCGCCAGUACUACAGUCGGGCUAAAGAGUGCUUUGAGAAGGCUUUGGAGCUAGAGCCCAGGAAUGCUCAGUGGAAUUGUGGAUAUGCCUUUGUUCUCAACAGAACAGAAAAACGUGACCCCAGUGUACCCAACUUGUUAACAAUUAAACACCUGCGACAGGCCAUAGAAGCAAAUUCGGAUAAUGAUGAACUUAAAGCUCUCCUAGCUGUAAAGCUUGCUGAAUCCACGGAGUAUGAUGAAGGCGAGAAAUUGAUGGAAGAAGCUCUGGAGGGUUCUCCAAAUGCUCCUAAUGUCAUUCGAUAUGUGGGUAAAUUUUUGCGAGCCUAUGGCUCUGUGGAGAGGUCCAUCGCCCUGCUAAAAAGAGCUUUAGAGAAGUCACCCACAUCAGGAUUUAUACAUCAUCAGCUAGCUCUGUGUUACAAGAGAAAAAAAAAUGAUUUGCAACGUGAAGGAAUUCAAAGCACUCCAAGAGCUGAUGAUGAGAUUCAGAGGCUUCGUAGUCAUUGCAUUUAUCAUUUAGACAAAGCCACCGAACUUAAGUGUGGCUUUAUUAUAGCUAUGACGGAGCUGGCAGUUCAGUACAGCGAGGAUGGGAAGCUAGAUCGUGCUGAAGAGCUGUUUCAGCAAACUCUGCAGACAGCUAAAGAAAAGAAUGAGAGCCUACAAACUGUUUAUCUCUGUUAUGCUCAGUUUCAGCAGUACAAAAAAAGAUCCAUGUCUGACGCCAUCACUUAUCAUAUGGAAUGUCUGAAGAUAGGUGAAGACACAAAAGAUGGGCAAAAAAGUGCAAAACAUUUGAAAAAGAUUAAUGAUAGACGGUCAUCUAAAAGCCCCGGGAGUGGAAGAACCCAGAGAAGCUUUGAAAGGAAAUAGAAGAGAAAUGCAGGGCCUUAAGACUGCUGAGAAAAUUCUGCAAAAUACAAAUAUUUAGCAAUAUCUUAAAUAUUCUGGCUAUGCUAAGGGUGGCUUUAUAUCAGUGUAAUUACAUACUUCUACACUGCCUCUCACUAUCAUUCUGAUCUUUCACUAUUCAUUUCUAUACACUAAUUUGUCUUGUUUAGCAGACACAUAGAAAAAUGUCAGUAUUAAACAUGUAUAUUAUUUUAUUAACAGAAAUAAAUGCUCAUUCAAAACAACAGCAUGGGACCAGUAGAGAAAAUAUAUUUCACUGGGCUAAUCUUUUAUUAAUCAUAAUUUAUUUUCAUGUUUAUUGCAAAAGACAUUGUAACACUUUUUGCUUCCAUAAAAUAAAGAUGAUAUGUAAAACUAGCUUAUAAAACGGUCACUAAAAACUAUUUAUCCUGUCAAUGUACAUGAUAUAAACAUUGUGUGUCAACAUGGCAGCAUCCAACAAUGUCCAAGACUAGUGAGUUAAAUAAAUCAGCACUGCCCUCUUGUGGCAGUGAAUCAUGGUCUUGCCUAUUUAAAGAAAAAAUCAUGAAGUCUUAA